GCCACAAAACACCUCAUGAACCUGUUUCCACCGUUUCUCCUCUUGUCUCCUUCCGUUGUAGAUGGAGUGUUUGGAAGGUGCCAGGAGUUGGCUGGGGCAGACCUGUACACGUACGAUAUCUCAUCCUCCGCUCUCCAGCGCCUCAGGAUCCUCCUACAGAAGCUGGCUCACAGAGGUUUGACGUGGCGGGACGACAUCACUCAGCAGGUUAUCUCCAGAGAGCUCUCCAAACUGAGGAACAUCCCUCUACGCCAGCAGAGCCCCCCUCCGAGCCAGCUGACGGCGUACAGCAGCUCCAGAAACAGGAAGCUGAGGCCGACUCAGGCGGACCUGAGCAGAAACCUUCAGCAGUAUUUGAUGGGAUUGGGCUUUAGGCCAGACGCUGACACGAAGCAACAAGAAAAUCAACCGGUAAUUCAGAAUGAAGAUAUCACACCCGAGGCUCUGAAAAAGCCCGGCCAGCCAAAGCCAAAGCAGACCUGGAAGGAGACCACCAUCUACAGCCUCCAGAAAGGAGCUGGCCAGCCUCCAGUUACCAAAGUCGUUACCAAGAGUGGCGAUGGCAGACACCCCAAGCUCAGUACAGCCUACUCGAGCCAUGAACCUGACAGGAGCAAGCUCCUCUCCAACCAUCUGCAGCAGCUCCUUCCCGGGGCGUCAAGCACUCAGCAGGGCAUCGCUGGUGGAGAGCCUGUUUGGCCAAAGGGGAAACUCCACUACCUCAGCUACCUGCAGCCUACUCAGAGCAAUCACGCAGACCCACAGAUUGCUUUUGGCUCCAAUAUGGCAAAGCCUAAUCUUGACAGACUGCUCUUCAAAGCUGGCCCAAAUCGGCUCCCUGCAAAAGACCCCCAUAGCCUCGUGGAUGAUCAUCUCAUCCUCAAUGCGGUGAAUCAGCUGGGGAGGCACAGCCUUAACAUGGAGGCUUUGAUGGGCAAAGAUCUGGACCAUCUUGCUGAGGUCAUCACAGGAGCUCUGCAGGAGGCGGAUGAGGAGCGGCUUACUGAUGGGGUCGAGCCAGUGCCCGGCGCUGGUGAUGACCCCAGGGGGGAGAUGAGGGUUAACCAGGAGAAGCCGGCAGGAAUGCUUCUGAAUCAAGACCAGGAUCUGAAAUCAGAUGAAGGUCUGAAUCCAAACCCAAAGGAAACUCUGACAUUAAAACAACAAGGCCAACAAAUAGACGUUGCAGAAAAAGAGUCCACUGACAAGCAUGGGGCCAUAUUUUCCAAGCUGCUAGACUACCUCAACAUGGAGCCCUUCGGCGGUGCUCCUGGGGUCAAGAGCAGGCCGCCAGCUCCUCUCCAGAAAAUGGUUGGACUGGAGAGCGUCCACAGCAUAACGAAGCAAGGUCAAGUUCCUGCCCCCUACCGCUCAGAGGAGAAGAUCGUGAUCGUCCCGGCAAAGGAAGGGUCCACCCUGCGGCUGACUGGCGGAGCAGAGGCACCCGAUGGGAGGGUGGACUCUGAGAUCCAGAGGUGGAUGCAGGCGGACCAGACCCCCGACGGGGCUGCGCAGCCAGAGGAGGCGCAGAAGAAGGACGUGAAGAUUAAAACCCAGCUGGUCCACGUGGGAGUGAAGGAGUUUUCUAGCAGAGGGAAGGACAGACACUUUGGCUACAUCAUCACCAACUCAGACUCCCUCACCAAUGACCGGGCCUCGGACCUGAUGGACCGGCUGACCCAGAGGCUGAGCCUCCACACCGCAGACCUCACGCAGCUCUCAGUUCUGGGUCCUGCGAUGACAUUCAGGGUCGGCCCAAAUCCUAAAAACGUGACCACUGCAGACCUGGUUCAAGCUGCAGUCCAAGAAAAGCAGCAGCUGGAGAAGGAGACGGGCCUGAAGAUAGUGGAGGCCGGAGUGAGUGAUAGGGGCAGCCUGACCCAGAUCCCCGUGGUGAAGGAGACCAGGGUGGAGUCUGGCCAGUUCUUGCUACUCUCCGUCCUCUGCAUGCUCUUCAUCCUGGUGGCGCUGGCCGUGUCCGCCACCUUCUUCUGCGUCCGCCAGCGCUCGCACCUCCACAUGAAGGAGAAGCUGGCGAGCCUGGGGACUGACACCAGCCAUGACGCCACCGCAGCCUAUCAGGAACUGUGUCGCCAGCGCAUGGCGAUCAAGACGUCGGAGCGCGUGGAGCGGCCUGAGACCCUGCGUCACUCUCGCCUCAACAGCGUGUCGUCCCAGUUCAGCGACGGCCCCGUGGCCAGCCCGUCGACGCGCAGCAGCACCUCCUCCUGGUGCGAGGAGCCGGUGCCGUCCAACAUGGAUAUCUCCACAGGUCACAUGAUCCUGUCGUACAUGGAGGACCACUUGAAGAACAAGAACCGUCUGGAGCGCGAGUGGGAGGCGCUGUGCUCCUACCAGGCCGAGCCCAGCGCCUGCAGCGUUGGCCAAGGCGAGCAGAACUCCAAGAGGAACCGAGCUGAUGCCGUGGUCGUUUAUGAUCAUUCCCGGAUCACCUUGAAAUCAGAGAACAACCACAGCAACUCGGAUUACAUCAAUGCCAGUCCCAUAAUGGAUCACGACCCUCGCAAUCCCACUUACAUUGCCGCCCAGGGGCCACUUGCUUCCACUGUGGCAGACUUUUGGCAGAUGGUGUGGGAGAGCGGCUGUGUCGUCAUUGUGAUGCUGACCCCUCUGUCGGAAAAUGGAGUAAAGCAGUGUCACCACUACUGGCCUGAUGAGGGAUCAGACAUCUACCACAUAUACGAGGUCAAUUUGGUGUCUGAACACAUCUGGUGUGAAGAUUUCCUGGUCCGGAGUUUCUACCUGAAAAACCUGCAGACCAACGAGACGCGCACGGUGACCCAGUUCCACUUCCUGUCCUGGAUGGACCGCGGGAUCCCCAGCUCAGCCCGGACCCUGUUAGACUUCCGCAGAAAGGUUAACAAGUGCUACCGUGGCCGAUCUUGCCCUAUAAUUGUUCACUGCAGUGACGGAGCCGGCAGGAGUGGGACCUACAUCCUGAUUGACAUGGUCCUCAAUAGGAUGGCUAAAGGUGCUAAAGAGAUUGAUAUUGCCGCUACCCUGGAGCACUUGAGAGACCAGAGAGCUGGCAUGGUCCAGACAAAGGAGCAGUUUGAGUUUGCUCUGACGGCCGUGGCGGAGGAGGUGAACGCCAUCCUGAAAGCGCUCCCUCAGUAAAGACCUUCUCUUCUUCCAUCUCGGAGCGCCGGUCUUCUCUGCCCACUCGGUGCAGACGUCGCUCCCCUCACAGUCUCCCCUCUUCUGUCGCAACCUCCUCUGCACCUUCACACAAUGCUGUAUGCUGAAUAUCGUGCCGGAUCCGUCCGUAUUCACGAGUUCCAGAGUUGGAAUGUCGAUUUGAUGGGUGUUGUGGUGAUUGAGGAUAACGGAGGCAGGUCCGCGUUCCCACUGUGCAAUUUCUGAAUAUGAGCCCAUGGUUCUCUAUGCUGUGGUGUUGUUCCUGAACAUACUGUCACAGUGCCACUGAUGAGAUGUGUAUGUAACGUCACGUGAAGAUUACUAACUGAGCUGUCACCUGUUUAAAACUACCGGUAAUCUACGGCUGCAGCCGCUGUGUGUUUUUUUUUCUCUUUUUGUACUAGUUACAUUUUUUUGUGUGUGAAAUCCUAAAAGAAAAAUUGUGGUAGAGUCUGUGUUCAUUUAUUUAUUUUUUAAUUUUUUUUUAUUUUUGUGGCUGACUAAAUAUUCUAAUGUUCCAAAA